ACAGAAACGAGUGGAAGGUGGAAGUCAGAUUAGCUCCUCUGACUAGCUUUUGUGACACCGACUAGCAUAAAAAAAGACUGUUGUGACUGUAAAGCUUACAUGUACAAACUAGAAGACUUAGCUUCGACAGCGUAUUGCGGCAGUAAGGCGACUUGCUGAGGAAGAUGUAUCUACUUUCCUCCGGGCAUGAUAAGUAAAGAUAGCUAGCGGUAGCAGGCAGCAAGUCCCUCCUCAGCGUGUAGCCAGUCAGCUACUUCGGCAGGAUCUGUUUUUCCAGCGGUUCUGCAGAUUGUCUUAUAAACAUGCCUAUCCAACUGACGAGCCAGGCUUACUGUAAAAUGCUUUUACACGCUGCCAAGUAUCCUCACUGCGCCGUGAAUGGAUUGCUAGUAGCAGAAAAGACGAAGGAGAAAAAGAAAGACAGCCAUAGUGAUCCAGUCUUGUGUGUGGAUUGUGUGCCGCUGUUUCACGGUACUUUGGCUCUGGCACCUAUGCUAGAAGUAGCUUUAACACUGAUCGAUACUUGGUGUAAAGAAAAUAAUUAUGUCAUUGCUGGAUAUUAUCAAGCCAAUGAACGCACAAAGGAUUCAAGACCCAACCAAGUAGCAGAAAAAGUGGCUGCCAGGAUUUGUGAGAACUUCAGCGAAGCAGCAAUUGUUAUGGUGGACAACAGCAGAUUAACAAUUAGCUGUUUUGAGCCCAUUGUGCUUAUCUAUGAUCAUCAUGAAAACAAGUGGAAAAACAGAGAAGUAACUUCUGAAUCUUUUGAGGACUGGAGCGAAGCACAGAAGAUCACAUCUGCUCUGUUAGAGGGCAGGUCCUACGAGAACUUGAUUGACUUUGACAAUCACUUGGAUGAUCUAAGGAACGACUGGACCAACCCUGUGAUCAACAAGUCCGUCCUGGAUCUGUGCUAAGACCCUCAGUCAGGAGUACCCUAGACACAUACACAAAUAUUGCUGCCAAUUCAGCAUGCAUGAUGCUACUUACCGUGUAGCACAGGAGUACAAAAAUGCUGAACAUGUCAUCUUUGUUCCAUCAUUUGUUCCCAUACUGAUGGGAACUUGUGGAACGCUGACCAGUUUGGCCAAAAUCUCUCAAGGGCAAGCACCAUAUGUGCACUGCUGGCAUGUGUCCACCUUUACAAGGUGAUACUGAGGUGGUGGAGGCAAUUAUGUUUUUGAAUGCAACUUAAAUGCUUUUUUUUCUGCAAUGGUUUGUGUUUAUUCAUAGUUGUGUGCAUAAAUUCUAGAGUAUUUGAUCUAUUUUUUUCUCUUAAAUUUUACAGCCAGUAGCCAUAUACAGAGAUCAAGUCCUAAAUUAUUUUAAAAAAUGUAGAUGAUUGUACUACUGAGAUAUGAUAUAAAUAUAUGUUCUUUAUUAACUUUUCUAGUUUGUCCUGAAACAAAAUUCAGUUUAAUUAUAAAAACAACAUAGAACAUAUAGGUGACAUAGAAUCAGAGAGACAAGAAUCUUAAAAGUUUUGUCUUAUCAGACUGUGUAAGUCCUUCUGUCGAUGCCCCAGCAAUGACAAAGGGAUGAUUGAAAUUAUAUAUGCUUACAUUAACAUUUCCUAUGAUGCAUGUGUCCUGUUAAUUGUCACUGCUGCGCUUCAGAAUGUCAUCCUGGAUGAUAUACAUGUUGGCAUAUUGGCUUCUGAUUGUUGCUCUAGAAGAUUUGCUGAGAAAUCUACACAGAAUCAGAUCACAGGAAUGUGUGAAUCUUGUUCUAUGUCGGAUAUAUGUUUUAAGAAUUAGGUAAUAGAACUUAUUUAUACUUAAUUGACCACUCUAAAUCCAACUUUUUAAUAGGUAAUGUUAAACAAGUGAAAUGCAUAUUGAGAGGAUACAGAACUGCCUUUGUAUUUGAGAUUAGAAUUCAUCAAUAAGAGCUAAUUACUUAAAUAGUUGUGGACAGCACAUUUUUUACAGAAACUUUAUGAACUGAAUGUACAAUGAAACCAAUUUUUGAAAUGGUCUUUGUCAGACUCAUUUUAUGUAAUUUAGAAAAUCAUUUUGCUCAAUGUCUUAUACCACUGCCUUGACAGUAAUGUUGAUAAAAGUUUGAAAACAAUCACUUA